AUGUCAGCAGAUCCUUUGGAUGAUGACUUUGACAGUGAUUAUGAUGACACAUAUUUAGCAAAGUGUACAAAAUUUCAUAAAAUGACUUUUGAAAAUGACCUGAAAACGAAAAAAGAACCUUUAGAAUUACAGACGAAGAAACUUGAAGAGUUUACCGAUGGAGUUAGUAAAAUUCAACAGCUUGUAACAUUUAAUACAUAUGAAGAAAAAGAUCCGAAAAUUUAA